AUGCCGGCAUUGCGUCUGUUUGGCCGGAAAUGGUUAGCCGCCUCGGACGACCUCGUAUUUCCGUGCGUGUUCGAAAUCUGCUUCCGGAUCGUCUGGCUCGGGCUGAUUUCCUGCGUAACGUCCACCUACUGGAACGUGACCGAGGAGUGCGGUAAGGAUGCACUCCCGGUACGGAUCUAUCUGGUAGGGACCAUAGUGUUAAUUAGUGUAAAUAUAGUUCUACUCGUCAUCUUAGUCAACCGCAGCGCCCAGGGCAGCAUCACCGAGGUGCAUAAGCGCCGGCUGGUCGCACCGCUGCUGGUAAUAAAAAUACUAUUAAUAAUACCGGAAACGGGCUUAAAUGUGCUGGGCACCAUGUGGGCGUUCUGUGGAACGUUUGAGUGUAAAAGCAACGAUAAAGUAUCCCGAACUGUGAUCGAAGCAAUCGUCCUAUUCAACUGGGUAGUGUUUGCGCUGAUAAUAUUCGGCCUAGCCAUCGUGUUCGACCCGCUCGGGUCGGCCAAAUACAAGAAUGGCAGGGACACGAACGAUAACGGUCCGACGGAAUCGGCCAUCCAUCGGAAGGUUUCGAAGCUGUGGUUCCGCCGGUUUCGGUGGGCGUUCUGUUGCCUGCGCCGAGACGAGUUCGGUCACGAAGCGUUCACACAGGUGGCCAGUCUGCUGAGCGCUCUGUUCCGCGGUACCGAUCUGGUACCGUCAGACAUUGUGGCCGGCUGUGUGCUGCUGCGUGUUCGACAGAAGCGUGAAACGCGCGAAAUGCGCCGGAUACGCAUGCUGAACGACGAUGGGCCACGCUACUCGACCGAUAUUACGCGCGUCUUUGCCACCUCACCGGCCUGGAUGACGAUCAAGAAUGCGAGGCAUUUCCUGCGCUUUGCGCUGGCCGCGUAUGGGUGGCCAAUGGUGUGCUAUCUGAACUGCUGCACCGGGCCUUAUCGACUAAUACCGAAGAUGACGUGCUGUGCGUGCUUCCGACGAAAACCCCAGAUCAUCGUCGAUGACAACUGUUGCCUAUGUCAUCUGGCCGGUGUACGGCAUACGUCCCGUCUGCGAAGUGAAGAUGUGCUGCAUGCUUCGUUUAAAAACCAUGUGUUUGAGUUACCAUUCUGCAUAAUGGCGGACCACAGUACAAAAAGCAUUGUCAUCGCUAUCCGGGGCAGCCUUUCGAUGCGCGAUGUGUUCACGGAUCUGGUCGCAAAUGCGGAACGCUUCGACGCACCCGGCAUGCCGCCCGAAACAUCCGCCCAUCGCGGUAUGGUGGCCGGUGUGGACUGCAUGCUGAAGCGGUUGCGCGAGGGCAACAUACUGGAUCGGAUCUGUGCCACCUACCCGGACUACACGCUAGUGCUUACCGGCCACAGUCUCGGAGCCGGCGUGUCGAUCCUACUCGCGGCCAAACUCCGCAGCCGCUUUCCGGAUCUGCGCGUGUACGCGUUCGCCACACCGGCGGGACUGCUGUCGCGCGAGGCCGCCCGCUGCACGGAGAGUUUCGCCUUCACGAUCGGCGUGGGGGACGAUUUCGUGAUGCGGCUCGGUGUGGAUUCGAUCGAGAAUUUGCGCACGAGCGUCAUAGAGACGAUACGGGCGUGCAAGCUGCCAAAGUGGCGCAUCAUGCUGAACGGGUUCGGGUACGCGCUGUUCGGAGUGCCAUCGAGGGACCUGGAAACGACCUGGCACGAUGUGACGGAAAUUACGAAAAAAGCCGCCGCUCAAAGUCCGCUGCUCUCGGGCGAACGGCCAAUACAAACGGUCGCCACUGCGGAGGGUGGAUUGCUAUCCAGCGAAAUAUCCUUGAGACGCUUUGCCAAAACGCGUCUGUACACCGGUGGCCGUAUACUGCAUAUCGUGCGCCGAAAGAAAACGGAACUGGAAAAGAAAUCGAACAGCGGCGGUCCAAUGUACGAGAUGCGGUGGGCAACGGCCGAAGACUUCACCGAGCUGAAGGUGAUGCCGCGCAUGCUGCUGGACCAUCUGCCCGAUAACGUUUUCAAAACGCUCACCACCAUUCUGGAGGACCAGAAAACGCACAACGGUUCCGUGCUGUCGUUGCAGGAAAUUUGA